GUCAUCGCAUACAGUAACAUUUUAUCAAAGCAAUUUUAUGUCAAACCAAUUAUAAUCUUUUCUCAGCAUUGAUUAUUUUUAUUCAGUUCUCAUUCGUGGAAACGUUCUUUUAUUCUUUUUUGUUCCUACGUUUUGCUGGUCAAAACUGUAAUCAAAGUCGCUACAAUUGUCAUUCAUAAAUCGGUCAACACAGCAAAUAUCUGCUUGAAGCCAAGUGUGAACGUAGUAUAUGUUUCUUGUAUCAAGUUCUCUACAACAUAGUUAAAGCGACAGAAGUUUAAAAAACAAUGGCACAUUCAUCUGGUCACACCGAACGCAGUAUUCAUGAAAUGCUCAAAGAUACACCGCCCAUGAAUGAAAGUAACAGUGCCAUCCAGUCCGGUAUCGAGGGACGCGUCAAGCAUCCAAGUAGUUUACACAUUCGAACGAAUUCCGCACCAACUACACCAACACCGCUCAGUCCAUCGUUCAAUGGUGACUCCGGGACAUUUUUGAAGAAUAGCGUUUCAAAAAUUGACACUUUGAAAAAUUGGAGCAUAUCGACGUACAAAUGUACGCGUCAGCUCAUGCUCGAGAAAUUGGGUAAAUCAACGCGUACCGUUGAUUCAGAAUUGGAAGCACAAAUCGAACAAUUACGAGAAACCCAACGAAAAUAUCUACAAAUUUUACGUUUGACUCGAGCACUCAGUUCACAUUUCCAUCAUGUUGUGCAAACUCAACAUUGUUUAUCAGAAGCUUUUUCUGAUUUGGCACAAAAAAGCCCUGAAUUGCAACAAGAAUUUCUCUACAAUUCCGAAACACAACGCAGUCUUACCAAAAAUGGUGAACUAUUGCUGAAUGCCUUGAACUUUUUCGUAUCAUCCGUUAGCACAUUGUGUAAUAAAACCAUUGAAGAUACUCUAAUCACAAUAAGACAGUAUGAAGUAGCGAGGAUUGAAUACGAUGCAUAUCGAAUGGACUUAUUAGAAAGCAGUAAGGGUGAAUCACCAGCUGAAAAUGGCGAUGAAACUCAGAAAAGUUACACCAAACAUAAAGAAAGUUAUGAGAAAUUACGUGCGGACGUUGCCAUUAAAAUGCAAUUUCUUGAUGAAAACCGAAUUAAAGUGAUGCAUAAGCAACUAGUGCUUUUACAUAAUGCUGUUUCUGCUUAUUUCUCGGGAAAUGCCGUUGCUUUGGAGGGAACAAUUAAGCAGUUCAAUGUUAAGCUGAAAUCACCAAACUCUGUGACUGGAUCGUGGCUUGAAAAAUGAAUCAAAUGAUCCGUGAAUCGAUUUUAUUGUUCAUUUUGGUAGUCUCAACAAUGUAAACUAAAUUUAGUGAAAAUGAUCUCACCGACAGCCAUAGAAUGAGAUCCAUGUUGAUGAACAAGAGAGAAGAAAGAAAAAUGAGAAUGAAGUGGAAUUUUGUUCGAAAAUAUAUCAUAAAAUGAUUGGAUGAAUAUUA